AAAAAAAGAAAAAAAAAAAGGAACUUGGCUGAUAACUCGGAUUUAAAAAGAAAAGCCGCAUCCCCUCGGCGGCGCGGCCGGGAGGACGGGCGGGCGGGCACCGGCGCGCCUGGAUGCUCGGGCUGUAGGGGGGCGGGCAUGGCCGAGAAGCGGCGGUCCUCGCCCGGCACCACCAUGAGCCUGAAGGCUCACGCCUUCUCCGUGGAGGCGCUCAUCGGGGCCGAGAAGCAGCAGCAGCAGCAGCAGCAGCCGCGGCAGCCCAAGCGGCGGAAGCUGGGCGGCGAGGACGAGGCGGCCGAGGACGAAGGGGGCAGCGGCUGCUGCCCCAAGAGCUCUCCCGCCGCCACCACUGCGGCCGGCAGGACCUGCGGCGACACGGAGCCGGGCCCCGCCGGCGGCGAGGAGGGCUUCGUGCCGGGCUCCCCCGGCGGCUCCCCCGGAGGGUCCCGCCCCGGGUCGCCGCUGCCCGCGCCGCGCGUGGACCUGCAGGGAGCCGAGCUCUGGAAGCGCUUCCACGAGAUCGGCACCGAGAUGAUCAUCACCAAGGCGGGAAGGCGGAUGUUUCCCGCAAUGAGAGUGAAGAUCUCAGGUUUAGACCCACAUCAGCAGUAUUAUAUUGCUAUGGAUAUUGUGCCAGUGGAUAACAAAAGAUACAGGUAUGUUUACCAUAGCUCCAAGUGGAUGGUGGCUGGUAAUGCUGACUCCCCAGUACCACCUCGUGUUUACAUUCACCCUGAUUCCCCCGCCUCUGGGGAGACGUGGAUGAGACAAGUGAUCAGCUUCGACAAACUGAAGCUAACCAAUAAUGAGCUGGAUGAUCAAGGGCAUAUUAUCCUUCACUCUAUGCAUAAAUAUCAGCCUCGUGUCCAUGUCAUCCGAAAAGACUGUGGAGAUGAUCUGUCCCCCAUCAAGCCCAUCCCAUCAGGAGAAGGGGUGAAAGCCUUCUCCUUUCCAGAGACAGUUUUCACUACUGUCACAGCAUACCAAAAUCAACAGAUAACUCGUCUGAAGAUUGAUAGGAAUCCAUUUGCGAAAGGUUUUAGAGAUUCAGGACGUAACAGAAUGGGACUGGAAGCUCUGGUAGAGUCUUACGCCUUCUGGAGACCUUCACUGAGGACACUUACAUUUGAAGAUAUACCUGGGAUACCCAAACAAGGAAAUGCAAGUUCUUCUACUUUACUCCAGGGAUCAGGCAGUGGAGUGCCAUCUACUCACCCUCACCUUUUACCGGGUUCCCCUUGCUCAUCUCCAGCCUUCCACCUCAGUCCCAACACUAGCCAGCUCUGUAGCCUUGCUCCAGCUGACUACACAGCUUGUGCCCGCUCAGGCUUGGCCCUGAACAGAUACAGCACUUCUUUGGCUGAAACCUACAACAGGCUCACAAACCAAAGCAGUGAGACAUUUGCACCUCCAAGGACUCCCUCCUACGUUGGUGUGUCGAGUAGCACGACUGUGAAUAUGUCUAUGAGUGGCAGUGAUGGGGAUGCAUUCAGCUGUCCGCAGACUGGCUUAUCUAUGCAGAUUUCAGGGAUGUCUCCACAGCUCCAGUACAUCAUGCCAUCCCCAUCCAGCAAUGCCUUUACCACUAAUCAAACCCACCAAGGCUCCUACAACACAUUUAGACUACAUAGUCCCUGUGCGCUCUAUGGAUAUAACUUUUCCACAUCUCCUAAACUGGCUGCCAGUCCUGAGAAAAUUGUUUCUUCCCAAGGAAGUUUCUUGGGGUCCUCGCCAAGUGGAACCAUGACGGAUCGGCAGAUGUUGCCCCCCGUGGAAGGAGUGCACUUACUUAGCAGUGGGGGGCAGCAGAAUUUCUUUGACUCUAGGACCCUAGGAAGCUUAACACUCUCAUCUUCUCAAGUGUCUGCACAUAUGGUUUGACGAAGCCUUUAAGUAAAAGUACAGUAUGUUUAGUGUCUACAAUGUAUUUCUUUUGGAAUAUGAAGGGACAUACGAUGUAGCUUGUAAAGUGUGUGUAUAUAUAAUAUGAGAGGAAGUUUCACUGAAUUUUUUACUUGCUUGUGGCCGGAUUAUUCUUCUAUUUUGAGUUACUUGGAGUUUGUUGUGGCACGGACUGCUCUAGUUUUCUGGUAUAAUACUCUUAGCUGUCUAACACGUUGGGACAUAUGCAACAAAUUAAGUAAGACUUCCUCCCCUUUCCCCCUUCUCUGUUCUAACCCCUUUAAAGAAUGAAAUGACACUUGGAGUAUUAAACAACACAAACAAGUCCACUUACAUUUCCUAUAGUACUAGUGAGUUUCUUUGCAACAUUCAUACAAUGAUAAGCUGAUGCACCAAAGGCAUUUUACAAGUUUCUUCUCUGUUAUAAGGGAUAUGAAAGUUAUUUGGAUUUUUAAGUGUUAAGCAUCAAGCCUAAAGUAGGAGUUUGGCUGAUGGAUUAUUUACAAAGUAAACAGAAAGAUUCAUUUGCCUUCUCAUGAUAUGCUGUUUUUAGCUUAUCAAUGGCACAGCAUUCUUACUAGGAAUUUUUUUUUCAGAUUUAGUCUAGAUUUAUGAUUAGAUAUUUGAAGACAAAUAAUGCAUAUCCAGAUUGUGGUGGUAGGAAUAAUUUAAACCAACAGCAGAAGAAGUGGCUUUCCUUUGUACAUAAUGAACUUUGAUACUUCAUUUUUGUCAAAGGAAGGACUUGGCGCAUUUUUUUCCUCCAUAAAUAUUGUCUAUAAGUAAUUUACUGGACAGUAGGAUAUUCUAAUCUAUGUUUGGUUUUGUAUUUUUAUUUUUUAAAGGAAAACGCAGGUUUGAUUUAGGGAAAUAAAAAGUGAGCAGGAUGAGAAAUUCCAUUAUUAGUUUUACCCUUUUGUUUGUGUUUUUGAGUGCAUUUUUUUUUGUUCAUUUCUUUAAUAAGGGCUUCCUCCAUCCUCAGUAUCUUAUAAAUAGAUUGCCUGUAGCAGUUAGGCAGAUGAUGCAGUUUGCCUGCAAGUGUUGCAGAAGCAGUACUUUGUCGUAGCUGCCUCCCUGUAACACAGCCAAACUGGGACCAGGAUUACAAUAGGCAGAAUUCCUUUAAUAGUUUACUUUGAAUAUUCCAGCAUGACACCUACAGGCUAUGUCCUUCCCUCCAGGGAGCCAUCUGUCUUCCCCUUACUCCUUUCUGUCAUGAGGUUACUGCUGUUCUGUUUCUCAGUCAGCUUUUGCCCUAGAAUUGGAGAGGUUCCGUUCCGUCCCAGCUCUUUUUUUAACUGACGGUGGUAAGAACACAGACUGCUCCUGACCAGGCUUCUCCAGGGUAACAAGGACAUGGGGAGACACUUGUCAUGGCAAAAUUUCUGCCCUCAUCUGCAUCUGCACAGCCCUGGUGUGCAUCAGUCCUACUGUGAAAGCUGCCUCUCAGCUGCCUGUCAGAGCAGAGCCGUGGAGGCUGUAGAACAGAUUUUAAUACUUGUGAUAAUAGGUCAUCUUCAACAGUAUGCUAAGCCUCCUUCAGGUUGUGUAAGUGAUGUAAAGGCAUUAUAAAGUGGGUACAAAUGUAUUUGAAAAUGCAUCCCUGGUCAGCACUGUAUGUAGUUGAAAAUGGUCAGCACUGAAGGAGAAUAAGGGCUUUCAGGUUUUGUGGUUUUCUCUGUUGGAUUUUUUGGAGAAGGUGGGUUAUUGUGUUUCUCAAGAGUUCCUUCAUCUGUUCUGGCAAACACAGGGCUCAACUGCUCCCACUUCAAGAAGGUCUCAUUGCAGCUAGUAUUUCAUCAGUGAGAUGAAGAUAAUGCAUGCAGAAACAACCCUCUCACUAUCUCUUCUUCUUACUUGGGAAUAGAAGAGAAACCACAGCAGUCUUUAAGCCCAUGCCUGGAGAAGGCUUUGUUUUUAUCAGUUACAUAUUUGUUUAUGUUAAAGAAAAUACAUAAAAAGUUCUUAUUCAAAGCUGGAAAGACAAGAGGAUGAGCCUGCUAUUGAGGAGACAUAGGUUUGCUUCUUUGCUGUCACAAACUUCCCAAGUGACCUUGGGCAUAUCACUCAGCCUUACUAUAUCUUUUUUCUUCUGUAAAAUAUAAUAGCACUUCUCUGCCUCACAGUAAAUGGUGACAGUACAUUAAAGAUGAAUAUAAUCUUUACAUCUAAUGUAAUGUGGACAGGACAUUACAUAUGAAUGGCUAGCUAGUGUUCAUAUAUGAGGAUAAAAAGAGCAUUCAUGUACAGGUCUGUCACUAAUUUCAGCACUGCAGUGUUCUUUGAUUCUUUGAGGCAGACCUCCUAGCAAAGACUUAAAAAUGAUGUUCAAAAACCUCACAAUAACAAUUUGUGAAAUGGUUCCAAGAUGUGUAUAAGAUGGGCAAAAUUUCGAUUAUGUGAAUUGUUAUAGCUCUGUUAGUUUAAAUUAAAAAGAAAUUGUGGAUAGUAAUUCCUGCUCUAACCAAAAUUUUGAAAUGUUGCAGUUGGACAAAUCUUUGAAUGUAAAGAAGGAUGCAAUUAAUCUGUACUUUAAAAAGGUUAAUUAUCCAUGUCAUCUUAAGGGCUGUACCUACAAAGAAAUGUGGAAGAACUAAAUCAUGCAUGUUCCUACAAGGAUAGAAAAAGGGUUGUGCAUAGAUAUUGAUGGAGGUGCUCCUGGUGAGAGUGUGUACUUUAUUGUCUGGGAAUUCUUUAGAAAUGGUGUCUUAUUUUUCCUCAAAUUAUUCUUAUCAUAUAACCACACAAUAUUGUUCCUUAAAAUUUGAAUCAUAUUGUAAAUAUUUACUGGUGUGUCAUUGUGAAAAGACUAGCUUUUUAUCAAUAUAGUAAAUGCUAUAUAUGCAUUAUAUCUAUAAUUAUAUAUCUGUAUUUUACAAAAAUACCACAGAAAACUAUAUUAAAGCGUGUAUGCAAACACUUUUUACUACAUUUGGAAAAUCGAGGGGCUUGGGCCUUCUUUUUUUUCUCUACAACUUCAGCAAAACCAAAGGAAAUUAUUCUAAGGUAAGCUUUGAAAAUCAAGGACUUGAUACAACAAGCUGGAGCAAUCCAACCAGUCCACAACUCUUACAUGUUUCAGUUUAACCAUCUGCUGUUGAACCUCUCUGUUCUUUGUAUGCAAUGGUCGUGACAGAUGUUGGGCACAAGGAGAUCCUGAGGCUAAUAGAGCUGUGAGGUUUUUAUGUGGAAAGACAGGACUGAACAUUUUGCUGGGCUCAUUAGCCAGUGAUGGAGCCUAGCUGGUUACUCAUAGUCCAGCUUAUUCCAAUUGCCAAGGCCAGUUCAUCUUCCUCAUAUCAGCCAGAUUGUGGAAGUUAGCACUUCCAGGUGACUAUGUGCUUGAGCAGGAGAUCAAUACCCUGCAUAUUUUUCUCUCUGUGCUCUUACUUUGGUCAUUCUCUCUCUGUUUGGCUUAUUCUGAAUGCAAAAAUUCAUCAAUUCCUAAGAUACUGUUAUUCAGCAAUGAACAACAUUCCUUCCCCAGAAAUACUGUUGUGUGUAGUGGCCUUAUUUCUCAUUGUACUGCAAUAAAUGAUUCCAUGUGACAUAGGGCACACAGCCUAAAAAUCUCAUUACUUUAGAGAUCAGGGUUUCAUAGUCACUUAACACCAG